ACACUGCGGUCCCGUCCGGCCCCUUUGGCUUCUGCCCUGUGAAAUAUCCCCCCCAGUGCCGAGCCUAGCGCCCGAGAUGCCGGUGACCGGGUAGCUAAUGCCCGGUGCGGGCGGGGCAAGCCUCAGGGAGGCUGCUGGCGAUUGGGCUUUCAUACAAAGGGGUUGAGGGGAAGCUUUGCUCCCACCCGGCGGCGGCAAGAGGUGUCGCUUAUGUAGCAAGCUGGAGAAGUGGGCAGCCAGCUAAGCCUUUUGGGUUGGUGGGGGUUAGCUAGUAGCCGCUCAUACGGUCUGAGGUGAGGUGCCUGUCCCUGGCAUCUACGUGUUUCAAUUGCUAGUGAGAGGCCCCUGCCCCCAAAAAAUCGGUGUGUGUUUAUGUCUACGCUUGGAAGAAUUAGCUCUUUAGCAGUAAAUGUCAGUAAUGCCAGCAGCACAAUGAAGCUUUUGUUGAUAGGGUCCACUUCUUUGAUGGCAUGUACAUGAUCCAUGGUGCCGAACGCUCAUCUUUGGGAAAUGAAGAAUGGAAUCCUUGGGAAGGAGAUGAAAAAAAUGAGCAGAUUGCUUCACAGCAGAGAUAUGAAACUAAUCUUCAAAUGUUAAAAAAUUUGAAAUCCCAACAAGAACAAACAGACCUUAAAGUGCAGAUCUGGGGUAAAGCAGCCAUUGGUCUUUACCUCUGGCAACAUAUUCUUGAAGGUCUGCUUGAACCUGCUGAUGUGACUGCUCAGUGGAGAGAAGGAAGCAUAAAGGGAGGAAAAACACAUUUCAGUUUCAUCACUGGUCCAGCCGUAGUCCCGGGAUACUUUUCAGUAGAAGCUGAUAAUGUGGUUCUAGUUCUGAAUGGAAGAGAGGAAGCAAAGAUCACUUACGCCACUCAGUGGUUGCAUUAUGCACAAACUUUAAUACAAACUCGCAAGCUGAGGCAUGUUGCCAUUGUGCUGCUUGGAAGUGAACAGUGUAACAAUGAAUGGAUUCACCCAUACCUGAAAAGACACGGAGGAUUUGUGGAACUACUUUUUGUAGUAUACGACUGUACCUGGGUAAAUGAAGAAGAUAUUUUCCAGUGGCCUUUAGGAGUAGCUACAUAUAGGAAUUUCCCCAUCGUAGAGCCCAACUGGUCAAUGCUACGUUCUCCAAGAUCAUAUCUAUGUAACUUUUUAGGAACGGUGUAUAAGAAUUCAUCUAGGGAGAACCUAAUGGAAGUUUUGAAACAAGAUGGGCUUGAUAAACUCUGUUGGAUUGCAGCCAGAGAACAGUGGCAGCCUCAAGAAACAAAUGAAAGUUUUAGAAUCUAUCAAGAUGCAUUGCUGCAGAGUGAUCUCACAUUGUGCCCAGUGGGAGUAAAUACAGAAUGCUAUAGAAUUUAUGAAGCUUGUUCAUAUGGCUCUGUUCCUGUUGUAGAAGAUGUAAUGACACCAGGCAAGUGUGGAAAUUCAUCUAUAUACCACAGUGCUCCACUGCAAUUACUAAAGACCAUGGGGGCUCCAUUUAUCUUUAUUAAAAACUGGGAAGAACUUCCUGCUGUUUUAGAAAAAGAGAAAAAUAUGAGCUUACAAGAAAAGAUUCAAAGGAGAAAAAAGCUUAUAGAAUGGUACCGGUACUUCAAAGCACAAAUGAGACAUAAAUUUAUUAAUAUCUUGGAAAAUUCAUUUUUACCAAAUUAUAAAGGUUAAUUGCCUCCUUUGAAAAUCAAAAAUAGAUCAAAAGUUUAAUUUUCACUGACCUUCAAGUAAGCUUUUAUAUAAAAAUAAAAAAUAAAUGAACCACUUCCAGUGCAGGUGCAAUUUCUUUGAAGUCAAUAGAGUUGCACCAGCUUACCGAGGGCUGAUUUUCACCCUUCUUUCCUAAACUACUUUCAGAGAGGAUGCAGUCUUACAGGAUAGUAGUCUGGAUGGAUGACAUCAACUUUAUUAUUAUUUUUUGCAAUGACCAUCUCUCAUUCUUAGCAAGUCAGUACUUCUGUGUUUUAAUCUAGAUAUGGAAGCAUUUCAGCAAAUACAUCACCCAAAGAUAAAUGUUUCACAAAAAGCAUAAUAAGUGGUGGCUCCACUACACUGAUAUUUAUACCUUAAGCAUUCUUUCCUGAAAGUCUCCUGCUAUCAUUUUCCUUAUUUUAAAAUAUAAUUUUAUUAUAGUUUUCGUUAACUGAGGAAAAAGAGAACUAUGGUCAAGCAAGCCUUGAAUGGCAGAACUUUUAACAAUAUCAAAAUAAAGUCUUUAAACUAUUGCAGAUAAUGAGAGCUCUCCUCCCAUUUUUGGCAGGUGCAAAAUGAAGCCAUUUAAUAAUAUGGGCUCCUCCCAUUUGUCUAGUGUCUUAGGGGGAGAUGUUAUGUAUUGAAAAAUUUCAUUUCUGUGAUGUUAUCAAGAGAACUUUCCUCUCCAAAACUGGCCAUUGAUAGAUGGAAUAUUCCCUGCUACCCCACUCAUCCUCACCACUGCCCACUUCUUUGACUAGCUUGCUACCAUAUACUAAAAGUAUCUUCGACCAUCCUGGAAUAAAUGGUCAUUAAAUCUUUUUUCAUCCAAAACACUUCUGUAAAGGAACGUCCUCAUAUUUUAAAUAUGUGUCUAAACUCCUUACCCAUCCCUGUUCUACCAAAAAGUAACAGUUUACCUUUUAUUGAAAGUUUUUUCCUUUAAUGUUUUGGUGAUUGUGCAUGAUGUUGUCAGAGUAUGAAUACAGUGUGUAAAGAUGCAUUUGGGCAACGUUUUCAACAAAAAUAGAGACCCACUUGUUCAGAUAAAGUUAUAAACACAAUUGUGCUUCUAUCACAGGGGUCGGCAACCUUUCAGAAGUGGUCUGCCGAAUCUUCAUUUAUUCACUCUAAUUUAAGGUUUAGCGUGCCAGUAAUACAUUUUAACAUUUUUAGAAGGUCUCUUUCUCUAAGU